GAUUUUAUAAAUAUUUCCGAUCUUUCUUCUAUUAGUUUUACAGAAAUUAGAUUACCCUUAUAACGUAAACACGGCUAAAGGCCGUUCGGUUCAAUAUACUGGUGUAUUUGUUAUUAAUGCCCUUCCUUGACCCAUUGCCGAAAUAUUAAAAGAUGUUAUCCAAACACAGGCUUCUAUCUAAGUUAAAAGCAAGGGCAAGUUUCCAUUAUAAUGUUCUCUCAACACAAGCGUCGGUGGGAAAGAUAGACAUCCCAUUUUCAAAUGAAACUUCGCUAAAGCUAUCAACGGGUCAGUAUGCGCGCUUCGCCGAUGGCGCCUGUGUGGCCACGCUCGGGAACACCAGUGUGCUGGCUACAGUGGUGUCCCAAGCUAAGCAGAGCAGCAGUACGUUCCUGCCGCUGGUUGUGGACUAUAGGCAGAAAGCAGCAGCAGCUGGACGAAUACCUACUAAUUUCUUGAGGAGAGAACUGGGUCCCACAGAGCGCGAAAUCCUCACCUCCCGCCUGAUAGACCGUUCACUCCGGCCCCUCUUUCCAAACAACUACUUCUACGACACACAAAUAGUCUGCAACAUGCUGGCUGUAGACUCAACGAACCCUCCAGAGACGGUUGCCAUCAAUGCUGCCAGUGCUGCGUUGGCGUUGUCUGAUGUGCCGUGGAACGGACCUAUUGGGGCUGUCAGACUAGGCCUGAUAGACAACGAAGUGAUCAUCAACCCCACCCGCAAGGAUCUACAGACGUCCCAGUUAAACUUAGUCGUAGCUGCGACCUCACAAAACCUGGUCGUGAUGCUGGAGGGCAGCGCCAAUGACAUACUGCAACAGGAUCUGCUCAAGGCCAUCAAAACAGGAACCAAGGAAGCAAUGCACAUAGUCCGCGGCAUCGAGAAAUUGCAAAAGGAACACGGCAAGACAAAGAGAGAGUACGAUACGCAGAUACCUGUCCCACAGAACGUUGUGGAUGCUGUCAAGACACUGUCUACUAUGAAGAUUAGAGAAAUUUUAAGUGAUUUUUCCCACGACAAAACCUCCCGUGACAUCGCAAUAUCAGACCUUCGGCAGACAGUCCUCGAUCAGCUCCGAGAAGAGGGUGCUGGUCAGUUGCAGGAAUGCUUCAGCAGUCAUCUUCGUCAAACAUUCCGGGACAUGAUCUUUGAGACGGAGACAAGAUGUGAUGGCAGACGCUUAGAUGAACUUAGGAAGAUCAGUUGUCAGGUGGGACUAUACGAGCCACUACACGGCAGCGCGGUGUUCCAGCGCGGGCAAACCCAGGUGCUGUGCACAGUCGCUUUUGAUUCCCCGGAGAGUGCGCUAAAGAUGGACACACUCACUAUGCUCACUAGCGGUAUAAAAGAGAAAAGCUUUUUCCUCCACUACGAGUUCCCCUCCUACGCGACCGGGGAAGUGGGCCGCGGCGGAGCCCCCGGGCGCCGCGAGGCGGGCCACGGAGCCCUAGCCGAGAGAGGGCUGCUGCCAGUUGUACCACCGCAGCCCUACGCUGUCAGGCUUACUGCUGAAGUACUAGAGUCUAACGGUUCAAGCUCAAUGGCGUCCGUAUGCGGAGGCUCUCUCGCCCUUUUAGACGCGGGCGUCCCAUUAACCAGUCCCGCGGCCGGCGUCGCAAUAGGACUCGUGACCCGCGCUGACGCCAACUCGCAUGUGGCUGACUACAGGAUACUCACGGAUUUGUUAGGUAUAGAAGACUACAUGGGCGAUAUGGACUUCAAGGUCGCCGGCACCAGUAGAGGUAUCACGGCGCUGCAGGCAGACGUGAAGCUGCCGGGCCUGCCGCUCAAGGUCGUCAUGGAGUCCGUGCAGAGGGCCUGCGACGCCAAGAGCAGUAUCAUUGGUAUCAUGAACCAGUGCAUCAGCCAACCCAGUUUAUAAAUUACCAACAGGCAAGGCCGUAAGGAAAACAUGCCCGUGAUGGAAGAGUUAGAGGUGGAAGUCCACAAACGAGCGAAGCUGCUCGGUCUCGGCGGCGGAAACCUGAAGAAACUUUACGUGGAAACUGGAGUACAGAUCACCCCAAUAGACGAAACAAAGUACAGCGUGUUCGCGCCGUCCCAGGCCGCGAUGGACGAGGCUCGCGCCCGAAUAGACUCGUGGCUCAGCGCAGAGAGAACUCCAGAGUUGGAGUUCGGCGCCAUCUAUAAAGCCAAGGUCGUCGAGGUCAAGGACAUCGGGGUUCUGGUGACCUUGUAUCCCGGCAUGGCGCCGGCGUUGGUGCAUAACUCACAGUUGGACCAUAGAAAGAUAAUGCACCCAUCCGUACUAGGCCUUGACGUGGGCUCCGAGAUCCAAGUGAAAUACUUCGGCCGCGACCCCGUCUCGGGGCAAGUGCGUCUCUCCAAGAAAGUGCUCACAUCACCGCCGCCCGGCGUAGUGCGGAAACUCGAUAAAAGCUAGUGAACCUUAUUGUGUAGUGGAUAGAGUUGCAAAUUGAACUGUAUAGUGAUUGGAAAGUUACAGUGUGGAAU